GCGGCGGCGGUGCCGGUGCCCGACGGGGCGGGCGGCGCGCGGGCGGCACAAUGCCUAUUGUGACGCAGUCGGCGCGAGCGCGGCCGCUGCCAAGCCGCGGCCAGACUUGCUGGGCUCAGCACUUCGGGCAGAACAAUGGGGCCGGCCCGGGGGAGGCGGCCGCGGCCGCGCCGCUCACCCGCCGCCCCCCGCCGCCGCCCCGCUCUGUCUCCCCCCGCAGGCGCCCCGCGGCCCCCAUGGCCAAGCAAGCCGCCGACGGGAACGCGCCGUGCGAGCGCGAGGGCGGGCGGCUGCAGGCGCCCCGCGGGCCCGGCCACCCGCGCCCGGGGGCCCCGACCUCGCUGCCCUGGGGCGAGGGGCAGCCGCCGUCGCCGUCGCCGCCCGUGGCGGCCCCGACCAGCCCCAGCCCCUUCGCCACCCGCUCGCCGCUCUUCAUCUUCGUGAGGCGCUCCUCGCUGCUGUCGCGGUCCUCCAGCGGCUACUUCUCCUUCGACGCCGACCGGAGCCCCGCGCCCAUGAGCUGCGACAAGGCCACGCAGACCCCGAGCCCCCCCUGCCAAGCCUUCAACCAUUACCUGAGCGCCAUGGAUGCUCUGUUUUUGUUUUGUGCAGCUUCCAGGUCGCAGUCUCACUCGCUCGCAGAAGAUGUACAGCCGGAAAUAUGGAUCGCACAGGAACUGCGGCGCAUCGGCGACGAAUUCAAUGCCUCCUAUUGUCCGAGAAGGGGUUUCUUGGAUAAUCGCGCGGGAAACCCCCAGGUUGUCAUUUUGCGCCUCCUGCAUUACAUCAUUCGCCUCAUUUGGAGAAGGCAGUGAGCGCUGGACGCUUUGCUUGCGAGACCUAGAGACUUGUCUCCUUGUGCCGAAAACUGAUGGAGAACAACUAGCGGCGGGUCUUUUCUGUGCCCUAGACAGGCAGUUCGGAAACCUUCCUUUCUUAAAGGACAUCCAGAGGUGCCGUGGUCUCCGUCGGCGGAAACCACGCACGUAGACUGCCGGCGUUUGUCUGUUCUUGGGGGGCACCGGAGGUGCGUGCCUUGCCGAUGGACCUGUUCGGACUCUCUGAAGCAGCAUUUUGAGAGUGGUGUUUACUGUGUUUCUCUCAAACUUUUUUUUUUUUUUUAAAGAUUGAUCUCAGAGAAAAUGCUCAACAAAUAUUCAGUAAUUUUUCCGUCGUUCCUGGAAACCCGUAGGUUCAUCUUGGAUCUACUCUGCAGUGGAGAAAACUGAGCCAGCUGAUCUGCAGAGCUGCCUUAGUUUGUAUUACAAACAUUACUGUACAGACUUGCAGCCCCUUCCCUCCCUCUUGGCAGGGGGGGGACGUGCUGGGAAGCAGCAGUCUCGCUUUCCCUCCCGAGUGUUUGCCCACAAAAAAGAGGCUGCUGGAGGAGGGGAGGGGGAUUUAAAUCUGCACUUCUUUUAUCUGUAAAUACCUAAUGUAACCCCAAAUCUAACCAUAUUUGCAUCAUGCAAAUAGCCUAUUUCCUGCUGACUUUUUUCUUCUUCUUCUUUUUUUUUUUUAAUGCUGAAAUUCCGGAUUUAGCUGUCUGACUCCCAGGGUCCAGAAAAUCACAACCAAACCAAACAAAAAACCAGUCCACCAGAUUGCCUUUUUAGAAAUUCUUUCUAUGAAGUGUGUGUGUGAACACACUUAUGUAGUGUAUAUUAUAUAUAAUAUAUAAUGUUGAUCACUUUGGAUAAUGCAGCAAUAAAGCGUUCUUGGAGGUAGGUUAAAACAGAUACCCAAACCCUGCAGUGCUGCACCCAGACAGGAAGGGUCCUACUGCGUAACUUCAGGAACUGUUUUCAACCAUGGUUAGCAUGUUACUGUUAAACCCAAGAGGGUUUUUUUAACAUUUUGGAUUUUUUUCUGGGGUCAUCUUUGCGUUAGACACGUCCAGGGUGACAGGAGAGACCAGGCCAGGCCGGGUGUGGAGCAGCUUGGGGACAAACAACGCAGUAUCGGCGGCUUGAAGAUCCCAAAAGUUCACGCUUUGAAAUCCAGCUGGAACAAAUCUUUUGCCGGUUUUGGAAGAUACUGCCGUGCGUGGCGGGACUUCCAUGUGCUCUUUUGAAAUGGUACAGGUCCUUCAGGGCACUCGCCACGUCCCUGCGCGGUGGAGCGUUGAGUCUUCUCAUGCGUCGCAGGCCACUGCUGCUCAAGGCGACCCUCCUCGAGAGCCGCAUCCGUACAACCGGGACUCCCCGCGGACUGGUCUGGGGAGCUGUUGUCGGCAGAAGCCGUGCGUCAGACUAACUCCUUCCAAAUCGUGGUCCUCUCCCCUGGAAAGCAUUCCCUGGGUGACUGAUGUUGUCCCAGGACGGUGCACCGUGUGUCCCAGGGGUUAUGUGCUUUCCGCAGUACCCUCCGGAGACCCCGUGGCCGUAAAACGUGGUUCAGAAGCUCCGCACGAGGCACAGAGCGUCGCUGGAAGAAGCAGGUUUGUCUCCUCGCGCCUGUUGAGCGGUGCGUGCCCAUCGGUGGAGGACCUCCUCGGCUCUGCUCAUCUCCAGCAUGCAGUAGGCUUCCGCGCAGCAGGUGCUUUUCGAACGAGCGGUUGCUUCUGCAGCCUGCGUAUCUAUGCACAAAUGUCCUGUCUGCCUUCAAAACUGUCUGCUUUCCUCUGGCUGGUGCAGGUGGUUCCCGUUUCCCAAAACCAACUUCCAAAUCCCCCAGUUUUAUCUCUGGUUUCACCAGCACCACGGAAGGAAAAAAAAAAACCCAACCAACCCCAAACUGUGGUAGCAGUUUUUCUACUGUGUUGCAAUAUAGGGAGAAGCUGUUCUGAGUGCCAUUGUAUUACUAGUAGUAUUUUUAACGGUAGGUAAAACCGUACAAUCCGAACUCUAUGCACUGGCUACUUGUGCCUGUCCGGUAGGCGAAAGACCUGUUAGUUGAGGUGUGGGGCUGUGUUCCUCCGCUUGCACUCGCUUGAAGGAUUAAGGAGUGAUGUUUUUUGGGUUCUGCAAGGUGAACAUCUGUCCCAGGAGUUGGCCUGGGUUGCGGAAGAUAUUUAGGGGGGAAAGAACUGGUGGAAAAUAGCCGAUGACCUUGGGUGGAGUUUGAGGAGAAGGGCCGUAGGACAGAGCAGGUUCUUGCUGCGCUGCCCCAGUCGUGGUCACGCCACCGUCUUUUGGUGUUUUCUAUGGGCAUAUGUGCAUGGAGUUGUGUAAAAAGGAAAAAAAAUGACAGGAGGGGUAAGAAAAACGAGCUUUUUCUCUGUUGAGCCACAGCGGCUACCUCCGCACGCAGCAUCAGUGGCUAAACCCGUGCGUUUUGGGGGCUCGCAGCCUUAGAGCAUCCUCAGCGCCCCGAUUGCUGCGGCAGACGCAUCGCAGGAGCACACCAAAGAAACGCGUCCUCGCCGUACCGCCGGGACGCGGAGCACUUUAUUCCCGUCCUCCGCACCCCACGCAGCCAAAGAGCUGGCGGGGGGCCGCUCUCGCGGGCUCGCCUUCGCCGGGCCCCGGCGGCCGGCUACCUUAGCAAGCGAUUGACUUAGAAAGGAUAAAUUAAAAAAAAAAUCUAUGAAUUGUAUGAAUAGUUAGGGGAAAGAGGCAGAUAUUGGCACUCUGCGCUCACCUGGAAGCCUUCCCUGCCAAAAAGUAGUCGUGAGAAAAGCAGCCCCUAAAAACAGGCUUCGUGCCUUCAAAGCCUCCCCCCCCCGCUGCCCCCAGAGUCGAGAGAUUUAUUAAAAAAUAAAUAAAAACCUCAAAACACAAGAAUGACUUUUUUAAUAGGUAUAAAAACCCUUUUUUAGCUGGCUAAUUGGGAUGGUUUCUCUUUAAGUCCACAUCACCUGCGUUCUCCCUGUCCUGCCAAAAUGAUUUGAUGAAGACUUCUCUUUGGUUGUGGAGAAACCAGAUUUAUUCUUGGAGAAUCUCAUUCCAUGCAUUGUGCUUCUCUUCUUUUCAUAACUGUAAAUAUUUGAAUAUUUAUUAGAGUAGAGCACCGUAUUAUUCUCAUCAUCUGAGCCAAAUAUCUGUGUGCAAUGUAUUUCCUUUCCUUUCUCUCAUGUAAGUUUUGUACAGCUUUAUAAAUAAGUAAAAAAAUUACUGUUUUUUCUAAACCUUUUUUUUUUUAGAAUUGAACUUGGUAAAUACUGUAGAUUCUUUUUUUCCCUGUGUAAUUAAUGCACUCUACUGUUCCAUAAUGCUGUAACUUGUAGAAAUGUUGUAUAUUUAUUUUCUGCUUAUUUAAGUUCCUGUAAAGGUUUUGUUUUCCUCCCCCUUCUCUCCUUCCUGCCCCCCAGUUUUUCUGGUAUGUGUGGGAUAAGUGAUUGAUUGACUUUCAAAGCACUGUCUUCUAAUUUCAGUGCAGUCAAUAUGGUUUCGAUAAUGAGAUUUUUUUUUUCUUUUAAAGUGCUGAAGUCCUGUUUUCCAGUAGCGAUUCAGGCAUGAAACGUGUCCCUGAUUUUUGUCAUCCCCUUUCCAAAACUCAUUGUGCUCCAUCCCGGCCACUUUUUUCUGGGCCAGCUUUAACAUUGGGUUCAAACCAAAAUGCACACUGACAUUGUACUGAUUAAUCACUAACCUGUUUCAUAGGACCCAGCAUAUGUAGCAUUUUUAUCGCAAUUUCCCUGGCUUACUUGUGUUUUGCACUGAUGAAUUUUGGACAGGGUAAUUGCCACUUUACUUGUGCAAUACUGCUGUAAAUAGUUGCAGAUCUUUUUUUUUUUUUUUUUUAAGAUGCAAUCUUUUUAUGUUCUUAAUAUGAGGUUUUAUAUGAAUAAAACUUUCAACUAUUA